CUCACUCAGAACUGCAGAUCUCUUUGCUCUCCAUCCAACCUCCCUACCUGUUCCUGAGAAUAAACCAUGGUUUUUGGAUGGACACAUGGAUAAAGAGUCUUUGUCAAAUAUGGUGGAAUCACUGAAGAAAAUGAAAUGGAGGAAACUAAUGAAAUGGAUCUCAUUAAAGCAGAAUGGAGGAGUUUGAGAAUUGUGGCAGGAAAAGACAAGAACUGCUGCUUAUGAGGCAGAGCACAGAUCAACCCCAAAUUCGAGAUGAUCAACAACUUGAGGCACAAGAGGGAGCACCUUCCUGUGAUCAUCACUUUCCCAGCAGUCUUGAAGUGAUCAAUAAUCCUGCAGUGCCUAAACUUCAUCCUCUAAUAGAUGCACACAAUGCUAAUUCUGUUCUUCAGUCUUCUGCUUUUAAUCAGAGAAUACUGAUUCAUGAACUACUGAAACUUAAUGAUGAACUAAGAGAGGCUGAGGGUGUUGGAUCAACUGGAGGAAGACAUAAAUGAGCCCAUGUACCAGGAAGCACCCCUUUAAUGAUCCUAACAAUGAUUCUGAUUCUAAUCAGUCUAUCUUUCUUCAUGGAAAAAACAAAGCAUAAUGUGUAUAGGGAAGCUCAACUUGACAGAAUAAGGCCUCAUACACAUCUUGUGGGAACAUCCACACCUCACCUGAAAUCUGACCAUGCAUCAGAACCUUUGGUCAGACCUUAAACCAGGCUGAGAGAUAUUUAGCAACUUAUAUCUCUGAAUGAGCAUAUCAAUUCAGCAGAGGAGAACUUCACUGCUCAUAAGCUCUAUAACCUUCCUCUCAGUACUGUCAAGAUACCUGUAUCUUCUUCACUUCAAUCCGCACCUUCGUAUAAGCCUCCCCCAACCUUUCAAGGCUUGAACACACAACCCACUUUACAGCCUAGAUUCGCUCCCAAGCGUACCACUCAUGUUCCCUCUCAUCAGCGUUUACCAGUACAGUAUCAGGACCCCAGGUAACAAACCAGGCAGCAGCCCCAGAGGUCACACUCCAGAUGAGACCGGACGCCGCCAUGAUGCCAACUCAUCUUCUGACUUGGCCAACUCAGUCACCAGUGACAUGCUCAUGUUGUCUCCGGGUUCGGAGGAAGAUGAACACGAGGGUCCAGUGUGCGAGAAGCUGGGUCGCAUUCAGUUCAGUGUGGGCUACAGUUUCCAGGACUCCACCCUAACCGUCAAAAUUCUCAAGGGCCAGGAAUUGCCUGCCAAGGACUUUUCUGGCACCUCUGAUCCGUUUGUCAAACUCUACCUGCUGCCUGACAAGAAGCACAAAUUGGAGACCAAAGUGAAGAGGAAGAAUCUCAAUCCCCACUGGAAUGAGACCUUCCUAUUUGAAGGGUUCCCCUAUGAAAAGGUGGUCCAGAGGACUCUAUACCUGCAGGUCCUCGAUUACGACCGCUUCAGCAGGAAUGAUCCCAUAGGAGAGGUCUCCAUCCCCCUCAACAAACUGGACCUGGCCAACAUGCAGACUUUCUGGAAGGAGCUGAAACCUUGCAGCGAUGGCAGCGGGAGCCGAGGGGAUCUGCUGGUGUCUCUGUGCUACAACCCCACAGCCAACACCAUCACUGUGAGCAUCAUCAAAGCCCGCAACCUCAAAGCCAUGGACAUUGGAGGCACUUCUGACCCCUACGUAAAGGUGUGGUUGAUGCACAAGGACAAGCGCGUGGAGAAGAAGAAGACGGUGGUAAUGAAGCGCUGUCUGAACCCUGUUUUCAACGAGUCCUUCCCCUUUGACGUGCCUGCCCACGUGCUGAGGGAGACCACCAUAAUUAUCACUGUCAUGGACAAGGACAGGCUCAGUCGCAAUGAUGUCAUUGGAAAGAUAUAUCUGUCAUGGAAGAGUGGCCCUGCAGAGGUAAAACACUGGAAAGACAUGAUGGGUCAUCCUCGUGCCGCCGUGGCCCAGUGGCACGCUCUCAAGGCUUGAGGGACCCAGCGACCAACCUGCCUACAGUGUCCCCCACCCUCCCUCCCGAAUUCAGCAUCAGCCUCUCAACCCCUGCCCUCAGCACAUAUCUCCUGCUCACUAACUGCAGUCAUGGGCUGCAGACAAUGUGUGUCAUCUCUUUGUUCUCAGGCCUCUUUGAUAUCCCUUGCCCUCAGUCCUUGUGACACCAUCCUUAAAUUUCACCCUUGUCAAGUUCUGAUUCCCACUUGACACCCCCCCCCCCCCUUCCUCAUCCCUUUGUCUGAACUUGAAAAAGGUCUUUGAUGUCUUCACUCACUUCCUCCUUGUACUGUCUUUCUAUGAGAUUUGUUUUUUUUUUCAAGAUACCCCUCAGUCUUUCUUCUUCUUUGUUAACCAUUCCCUGUAUUAAGAGCAGUACCUCUUGCCACCCAUGAAUACAAACUACCAACCAAAAAUGGAUCAAACUGAUAUUCCAACCAUUUGUUCCUUUAUGGUGGCAAGACGGGCUGCAUUCACUGACCCAUGGUAUCUGUUGUUGGAGUGAGGAGUCUUCCACUCUGCUCCUCGCUUUCUGUCAAUGUCCUGGCACUUUGUUUAAAUCCUCUUCUGUUUGUUUCACUAUUCCUCCCCCUUAAAAUGCCUGAAAAAUCAGGAAAACCAACACAGGCAAUGAAAGAACGGGACAGGCUGUAUUUAAAAUGGAAUCGGACUCAACUCAUGUUUGAUCUUUUUCACUCUCUCUUUCUCUGGCACCACUGUAAUAAUUCUCCCUUGGCUGGAACCCUUUGUCGUCUGUGCGUGCUGUGGGUGAUGUGCUGUAACCCCAAAUAAAGUUCUUCAACAACA